AGGCCGAGUGCCUGUGUGGCUGCGGUAAUGUAUGAAGUGCGUCCAAAGUUCCCAAAGUACGAAGUACUUCGUACGUGCUGCGCCGCUCCAGCACCAGACAAAGUUGUCGUGCUCUCGUCAGCAUGGACGGACCUGCCCAGGCAUUCCAACCACCACCCUCCUGCUAACCCAAUAUAGGUUCGACGAUGGCUUCAACUCGAGCAACGAGAGACACACUGACUGCCAUCCUACAAACGCCAAGACCUCAAUAAUCCUCUCCGUCGCGGCUCGGGCUGCUGCCCAAGUCCGUGUCGCGCUCCGCCAGCCACAGUCGAAAGAGGCAGGGGAUUUGGUUGGGCAAUUUAUUACACCGGAUUUCUGAGUCCGGAGCGGCGGCGCAAGGUUUGGGCCCGGCACCUGCUGGCAGCUUCCCCGCACGCCACGGGGGGAGGGAGCUCAGACCUCGGCUCGCUCGACCACACACGCACCAACGAGAGAGACGAGCCCAUCCUGGUGAUAACAGCCUAGAUGGCAGCGCCAGCGGGCUGCGGGUGGUGUGCAGGACGCGCCCAGCCCAGAGACCGCGAGGGGGGCUCCUGCGGCCGCUCAUCAGAUCUGCGCCCUCGCGACCCGCGACACAUUUCCCUGUGACGUGACAGCCUAUAACAGCUGCCUCGUCUUUCACGUCUCGCAUGGAGUAGCGCUGGUUUACUCCUCUGACGGAAACAACGACGUGGUCCGCGCUCUGCAAUUCCAAGAAAACCCCAACCACGGUAUCGGGAGUCAUCGACGACGACAACGACGCGAGAGCGCGGGCGCCUCCCCGGCUCACCACCACGCACGAACCACGAUGCCCAUGCACAACGGCUUCCUCCCGCGCGAGGGCUUCUGCGCCGACGUCGUCCUCAAGCUCAUCCGCCGCACGGCUCUCAACCCGGCCCUCCUGCUACCCCUCGUGCUCCUCGCCCGCUACACCAAGCGCGGGCAGGACCUGUCCGUCCUCCACCCGACCGCCGCCCGUCGCCUGCGCCUCCUCCUGUACUGGGCGCUGGCCCGCCGCGUGAGCGCCUGGCUGUCCGACCGCGCCCGCAACAACUGGACCGAUGACCGCUACGUGUGGUCCCGCGAGAUCGUCCUCGUCACGGGCGGCGCCGCGGGCAUCGGCGGCGCCUUGGUGCGCUUCUUUGAGGAAAAGGGCAUCGCCGUCGUCGUCCUCGACAUUCAGCCCAUGGCCUUUCCCACCUCCAAUAGGGUCCAUCACUUCCAGUGCGACAUCCGCUCCCCCGAGAGCGUCAAUGCCGUCGCCAACCGCAUCCGUGCCCAGAUCGGCCACCCUACCGUCAUCAUCAACAACGCUGGCGUUGCCCGCGGCAAGACCCUCCUCGAUGCCGAGCCCAGUGACGUGCGCUUCACCUUUGACGUAAACACCCUCGCCCACUAUUGGAUCACCAAGGCCUUCCUCCCCAACAUGGUUGCGCGCAACCAUGGCAUGGUGGUGACCGUUUCGUCCUUUGCCUCUUGGAUCACCAUCCCAAACAUGAUCGACUACGGCGCCUCCAAGGCCGCCGCUCUGGCUUUCCACGAGGGCCUCACUGCCGAGCUCACCACUCGCUACAAGGCGCCCCGUGUCCGCACCGUCUCCGUGCACCCUGGUCACACGCGUACCGCCCUCUUCAAGGGCUUCCGCCAGGGGUCUGGCUUCCUCCUGCCGCAGCUGGACCCCGACUCCAUCGCCGAGGCCGUGGUUCGUCAGGUCCUGACCGGCCGCAGCGGCAACGUCAUUCUUCCCGAAUUCGGGGCGUCGCUCUCGGCUCUUCGUGCUUACCCAGACUGGUACCAGCACCGCGUCAGGGCCAAAGCCCAGGGAAGCAUGGCCAACUGGACCGGCAGACAGGUCGUCAACGACGUGUCGGCGCCGUACGAGGGCAAGGAGACUAGUCAGGGACAAGACACGAGCGAGAGCGCUGUGCUGGUCUCCGGCGAGUAAACAAAAUACGGACACGUUGGACGGCGAGAGACUUUGCUUGAUUCCAGCGCUACUAGGUUUGGUUGGUGUUUUGCUUGUGUGCUAUGCCGACAGGUGUGACGAGAACCCGGCCGCCCCUUGUUGAAGCGAAUGAUAUUUUUAUGUACUGGCGUUCGCUACCAGACUACUGGGUGUAGGCAAGAGUGAAUUAUCGAAUAAUACGAGAGGCCAGCCGCGUCUGAGAGCAUGCUACUCUUUCUAAGCUGGCCAGUUGAGGUCGGUUGCGAC